AUGUCCAACCCAACUCUUUACUAUUUCGACGCCCGUGCUAGAGCCGAGGUCUCCAGACUCUUGUUGGCCUACACCAAGACCACUUUCACUGAUAGCCGCUCACCAUUCCCAUUGCCACAGGAGGUCAAGGACAAGACCACCUUCGGUCAGCUCCCAUACUUUGAGGAUGCCAACAACCAGCUCUCUCAAUCCAUUGCCAUCGAGCAGUACAUUGCCGAGCUCCACAACCUUGCUGGCUCCAACCCCAUUGAGCGCUCGCAGAUCCUCCAGUUCGCCCUGUUCCCAGGCGACCUCUACCAGCCAUACUUCCUCGCCAAGGAUGAGGCCUCCAACCUCAAGUUCAAGGUCGAGACCGCACCAAAGCUCUUGGCUCGUCUCGAGGCCAUCCUUAUCAAGGCUGGCGGCCAACACUUUGUCGGCGACAAGAUCACCUGGGCUGACAUUAGCAUAUUCAACCUGAUUGAUUUCUUCCAUCUGCAGCACGACAACCUCGUUGAGGCUGUUCAAGGUUUCCCAACACUGUUGGCCUUCCAUAAGAGGAUCGCUGCCAUUCCAGUGUUUGCUGAGUACCUCAACAACAGAGUCAAGACCAGACUCUAA